AUGGAGAAGGCACAGGAGGCGGGGGGCGCCGACAACGCCGUGGACUAUGUAGAGGAAGAUGGUGGGAACAAGAUGCCCGCAGGCACUCAGCAUAACACCGCCAGCAGCGCCAGCAGCGCCAGCAGAAAUGGCACUAGUCGCUGUCGGCCGAAUCGGGAGGAGAGGAGACCCAGGGUGUCGCCCACGGGAACGCUGGAUGCCUCUGAUCCACAGAUCAAGCAGGACGUGCUUUCCAUGAUCGUGCAGUACCUGAGAAGCGAGAAGCUGUUCAUGGCCGCGGUCGUCAUCCAGGACGAGGCCAACAUGAAGACGGCCGAACAGCAGGCCCGGCGUGCCCAGGGCAGCCGGCUGCGGAAGGCUACCCUCGAGGGCGACUGGAGCGCGGUUAUCAGCCUCAUCACCAAGAACCUGUCGCGGUUGCACCAGAAGCGCUUCUACUACGCGGUGUACCGUCAGGAGUACUUGGAGCUGAUAGAGCGGCAGGAGUACCAGAGAGCAUUCGUUUUCCUAAACCGCCGGCUUAAGCCGAUGGAGGCCACGGCCGCAUCGACGCCGAACGAGUUCCUUAACCUCUGCUACCUCCUGACGUGCAAGUCGGUGUCGGACGCCGGUCACUUUAGAUCCUGGGGGGGAGUCUUGGGCGGGAGGGAGAAGCUGGCGGAGGAGCUCGCGAGGUUGGUGGAAGCAGAGACCGUUUCGCUGGCGCACCCCUCCCAGAUGCCUCCCAACCGUCUGGUAACUCUCCUGGAGCAAGCGGUGGCGUUUCAGAUCGAGAGCGGGCGGUAUAAUCCAAAGGAGGUGAAAGUGUUUGCGGGGCACGAGGCCGGGGUGUUGCACGCCGUGAGCAAUCCUAACGGCAACCUCCUGGUGAGCGGGGGCAGGGACAGCGCCAUCAAGUUCUGGGACGUGAUGAGCGGGGUGUGCGUCAAGACGCUGAGUCAAGCGGUGGGCGCGGUGACGUCAGUGGACCUGACGAUGGACGGCAUGUACCUUCUGGCGAGCUCCCGGCACGGGCCUGUGCGCACGUGGGACGUUCGCAUGGGCCGGCCCCUGCUGCGAUACAAGGGCCACCAGAACACGAGCAGCAGCUUCUUGCGGGCGACCCUUGGUGCGGAAGAAGGGUUGGUGUUCGGAGGGAGCGACGACUGCAAGGUCUACGUGUGGCAUCGGCGAGAAACGCAGCAAUGA